UGUGUAGCGAAAAUUCUUGGCAAUGGAUAGACAAAGGUUACGUGGCUUGGCCUCUAUCGUCUCUCCCCCCACAACCCCCAGUCAACACGGACGGCGAAGCAACCCCAAGGCCCAAACCUCGAUCUCCUUCUGCGAAAAACCCUAGCGCCCGCAUCACACCUUUCCCUAAAAUAAAUCAUCUUCCCGGACGGAAAAACCCACAUAGAAAGUCAAACCAUAUCACACCCUGAUCGAAUCUCGGGUACCAUAAUUGGAUGCGAUCGAAGUGUCACUUCGUUCUUCUCGUCAAUUAUAAUAUUACUAUUUUUUUCUUUCUCCUUGGAAGGAAAUGUCUUCGGAGAUUGAGGUUGUUGAAGAGGUUCAAUCAAAUUCCAAGAACGAUGGCCGAUCGGGUUCCGGGACUAAUGGGGUUGUUCUGAGUGGCGGUGAAGAGAGUUUGAGGAAUGACGUUUACACUGCAGCGGCGUACGGAGAUUUGGAGAAGCUCCAGAGAUUGGUGGAGUGCGAGGGGUGCUCUGUUUCGGAGCCGGACGGGCUUGGUUACUAUGCGCUCCAGUGGGCUGCCUUGAAUAACCGGACUGCUGCUGCUCAGUAUAUCAUUGAACAUGGAGCAGAUGUAAAUGCGGCCGAUCAUACAGGGCAGACUGCAUUACAUUGGAGUUCAGUUCGUGGUGCAAUCCAAGUGGCAGAACUUUUACUCCAAGAGGGUGCUAAGGUGGAUGCUGCUGAUAUGUAUGGCUAUCAGACAACACAUGUUGCAGCUCAAUAUGGUCAGACAGCUUUCCUCUAUCACAUUGUUUCAAAAUGGAAUGCUGACCCAGAUGUUCCUGAUAAUGAUGGAAGAAGCCCUUUACAUUGGGCUGCUUAUAAAGGUUUUGCUGAUUGUAUUCGUCUUCUUCUAUUUUUGGAUGCAUACAGAGGGCGCCAAGACAAAGAAGGUUGCACUCCUCUCCACUGGGCUGCUAUUAGGGGUAACUUGGAGGCAUGUACAGUAUUAGUACAGGCUGGGAAGAAGGAGGACUUGAUGGUUACUGACAACACUGGUCUCACACCAGCACAGCUUGCUUCUGAUAAAAAUCACAGACAAGUUGCUUUUUUCCUUGGAAAUGCUAGAAGAUUGCUUGAAAAGCGAUGUGAUGGGAGCAGUCGACUUGGCCGCCUAUCAAAAUUAGGACUUGCUCCCAUGCUUUGGUUUAUGAUCUUACUGCUGCUUAUGGUCUAUAUCCAUUCUGUCGUCAUGGCACCAAAUCUGCCAAAGUUAACAGCAGGCAUUGGCUUUGUUGCAUGGUUGGGUGUUUUCCUAGCAAGUGCUGGAUUAGUUAUGUUUUAUCGGUGUAGCAGCAAGGAUCCUGGUUACAUCAGAAUGAAUUUCCAUGAUCCACAAAAUAUGAAAGAUGAUGAACCUCUGUUGAGGAUUGAGAUAAAUAAUCCUGCUCUGCUAGCUGGAAACUGGUCUCAGCUCUGUGCGACUUGCAAGAUAGUCAGACCUCUUCGAGCGAAGCACUGCUCAACUUGCGAUCGCUGUGUUGAACAGUUUGAUCAUCAUUGUCCUUGGGUAUCCAAUUGCAUCGGCAAGGAAAACAAGUGGGAUUUCUUUCUGUUUCUUGUCUUAGAAGUUUCAGCUAUGACAAUUACGGGUGCAGUCACUUUAAUAAGAAUUUUGACUGAUCCUGCUGCCCCAUCUUCACUUGGAGCAUGGAUGAACCACGCUGGUACAAAUCAUGUCGGGGCUAUAUCAUUUAUCAUUGUGGAUUUCUUCCUCUUCUUUGGCGUGGCAGUUUUGACCGCUGUGCAAGCUUCUCAGAUAUCCCGCAAUAUAACAACUAAUGAAAUGGCAAAUGCAAUGCGCUAUAGUUACCUGAAAGGCCCGGGUGGUCAGUUCAGAAACCCGUAUGAUCACGGAUUGAAAAAGAAUUGCUCGGAUUUCUUGAUCAAAGGCUACAAUGUGGAUGUGGAGUAUGUCGAAGAUUCACCACAUUCUGAUGGGAUAGGAAUGAUGCAUAUACCAAUGAAUUCAAGCAUGCAAAAUGGUGAUCAUCACGCCAAUUCCAAUGGUCAUGUCGCAAUCAAUGUGAAUACUAACAAGCAUCAUGGUCAUGCUCAUUCUUCCCAUGGCCAUGUUCACUCUUCGCAUUGCAGCCACAGUAACCAUAGCAAGUCAAAAAGUGAUGGAAGCGUCCCGUUAGGAUUAGGUCUUGGCCUUGGCCGUAGUGCUCGGUCCAUUGUAACUUCAUGAUGUUAAGUCCUUGUGUUUUUUACAAUAGAAACUGGAAGUUCAAUGUGUAUUGUAUGUCAAGCAUACAUAUCCCAAUGAGUUUAGGUUCUGUAAUUCUAUUGAUUGGUGCUUCUUCUUUCCUGUGGCUCCUAAGGGUGCUCCUCCUUCCAUUCUUGGUUCUAUUUGGCUUGUCUUCCAUGGUUGAUACGAAAGCUUGGCUGACAUUCUGUAAAUAUCGACUGUUGAUAUAUUUUGUAUUAAACAAUGAUUUUAGUUGAUGCCCAUUUUACAUUA